AUGACGGAGAGCACAGACACCCCCGCGGCAGCUGCGCCUGAAAAGACUCCCACUGAAAAUGGAACUACUGAAACCCCACCCGAAGAGACCCCAGAAAAGGCGACUGAAGAAAAAGAAAAGGAGACUCCUCCUCCCAAAGAGAUGCGCGCUGUCGUCCUCACCGGCUUUGGCGGAUUGAAGACUGUCAAGAUUCUGAAAAAGCCUGAACCCACUGUUGGAGAGGGCGAGGUCCUCAUUCGUGUGAAGGCAUGUGGUCUCAACUUCCAAGACUUGAUCGUGCGACAGGGAGCCAUCGAUUCACCCCCCAAGACACCGUUCAUCCUCGGCUUCGAAUGCGCCGGAGAGAUCGAGCAGGUCGGCGAAGGCGUCACCAACUUCAAGGUUGGCGACCAAGUCGUGGCUCUUCCGGAGUACAGGGCCUGGGCUGAGCUGGUCUCCGUGCCCGCACAGUACGUGUAUGCCCUGCCUGAAGGCAUGACAGCUUUGGACGCUGUAGCCGUUACCACCAAUUAUGUGGUAGCCUACUUGCUUCUCUUCGAGAUGGCCAACCUGACUCCUGGCAAGAGCCUGCUUGUACACUCCGCGGGAGGCGGCGUGGGCCAAGCAGUAGCUCAGCUGGCAAAGACGGUGGAGAAUGUGACGGUGUUCGGCGUCUGCUCCAAAUCCAAGCAUGAGGCUCUGAAAGCCAACAACAACAACAUCGACCACCUCCUGGAGCGUGGCAGCGACUACACCAGCGAAGUCAGGAAGGUGUCUGCCGAUGGCGUGGAUAUCGUGUUGGACUGCCUUUGUGGCGAGGAAUGCAACCGCGGCUACCAGCUUCUGAAACCGAUGGGACGGUACAUCUUGUACGGAUCAUCUAACAUCGUGACCGGCGAGACGAAGAGCUUCUUCAGCGCCGCGCGUGCCUGGUGGCAAGUGGAUAAGGUGUCCCCGAUCAAGCUGUUCGACGAGAACAAGAGCCUGGCGGGUCUGAACCUGCGACACCUGCUAUUCCAGCAUGGACGCGCCGAGUACGUGCGCCGCGCUGUCGAGCGCGUGUUCGCGCUCUGGGGAGAGGGCAAGGUCAAGCCACUCGUUGACUCCACCUGGGCGCUUGAGGAUGUUGGUGAAGCCAUGCAGAAGAUGCACGACCGUAAAAACAUCGGCAAGCUAGUACUGGAUCCAUCACUGGAGCCAAAGCCUAAGCCAGCCACCCCAGCCAAGGGCAAGUCCGGCAAGGAGAAGAAACCAGCCAAAGAGAGCUCCGAGGAGAAGAAGGACAAGGACGCCAAGGAGGAAGAGAAGAAGCCAGCUGAGAAUGGUGAGAAGAACGGGGAAAAGAACGGUGAAAAGAAUGGUGAAAAGAACGGUGAAGAACCGCUCACUAACGGUAACAGCGACGAAGAGUCAAAGGAGAAGGAGAAGGAAUCGAGCUGA